AACACAUCAAUUUCAAAAUGUCAUCAGUCAAACGCUUGGUUUAUGCAGUCAUCCAUUUCUUGAGAGAGCAGAGUCAGAUGGAUACUUUCACUCCAGAUGAACAAGAAAGUUUGGAAGUUGCAAUUCAGUGUCUGGAGACUGUGUUUAAGAUUAACCUGGAAGAUACUCAUCUUGCACCUCCACAGCAUUUGAUAGAAAUGUUCACAAAUUCUUUUCACAAGAAUGACAUGCUGCCUCUCUCAGAUUCUUUACCAGAGGAUGUUGAAAAGGCUGACCAACUGAAGGAUGAAGGUAAUAAUCAUAUGAAAGAAGAAAAUUAUGGUGCUGCAGUGGAUUGUUAUACUAGGGCUAUAAAAAUGGAUCCAAACAAUGCAGUCUAUUACUGCAACAGGGCUGCUGCUCAAAGUAAGCUCAACAACUACAGUGAAGCAAUAAAGGAUUGUGAGAGAGCUAUAGCAAUAGAUCCAAAGUACAGCAAAGCGUAUGGGAGAAUGGGGUUGGCUCUCACCUCAGUGAAUAAAUAUGAAGAAGCAGUUACCAGUUACCAAAAAGCACUGGAUCUUGAUCCAGAGAAUGACUCUUACAAGUCAAAUUUAAAAAUAGCAGAACAGAAACUAAGAGACAUGUCCAGUCCUACUGGAACUGGUCUGAGUUUUGACAUGGCAAGCUUGAUAAACAAUCCUGCCUUCAUUAGUAUGGCAGCAAGCUUAAUGCAGAAUCCUCAAGUUCAACAGUUGAUGUCAGGGAUGAUGUCAAACGCCAUUGGUGGCCCUGCUGCAGGUGUUGGUGGCCUGUCGGAUUUGUCCAGCCUGAUCCAUGCGGGCCAGCAGUUUGCACAACAGAUACAGCAGCAGAAUCCAGAGCUCAUAGAGCAACUGAGAAACCAUGUCCGGAGCAGAUCUUUCAGUGGCAGCACUGAAGAGCAUUCCUGACUUGAAGGAGGCAUGUGAAUUGGAAUGGAAUAUAACCCCAAAAUGCAUACCAUAGUUAGUAGCAAAAGCACCAUUGUAACUCUUCUGCUUGAAUAGAAGACAGAAAAUUCUUUGUGCGUGUUUGCAAGCAAGAAUAAAUCUGUUAAACAGAUCUAUUGCACAUAACUUGGAACAUACAGUUGAUGUAUAUUACUCCUUUGAAAAUUAAUACACUAAUAGGUGGUUUAUUAAGAUCUCUUAAGUACAAGUCAUUUUCAGUACGUGCAUUAGAUUGAUCUCCAGGGCUAUCGAGCAGGGAGGAGUUGUGUAGUGGGCUGAUCUCGCAUAACAGCUUAAUUCUAAAAUGCUAGUGUAAAAGGCAUGUUAUUCUUAUGGUGAAAAUCAUGUUGGCUG